AUGUAUUGUCUUCGAACUGCCCUUCUACCCGUGAUAGGGCUCUUCAACGCUGCAUAUGCCCGCCUCGACACCGAUUCAGCAAGCAACCUCGCUGUUUACUGGGGUGUAUUCCAGCUCGCCUUCGUGACAGUGAUCAAUGGAAUUGGUGGUGCACCUCAAGUCAAUUUUGCCAACCAGGGCGACAACUGUACAACUUUCCCCGGCACGGACUUGCUAAAUUGCCCCCAGAUUGGAGCGGACAUUACCAAGUGCCAAGGCAAAGGGAAAACCAUUAUUCUAUCCAUUGGAGGGGCGACGUAUAGUGAAGGGGGGUUUGGAACGGAAGAGGAAGCCAUUGCUGGCGCGAACCUGAUUUGGGAAACAUUUGGACCUCAGAAGAAUUCAUCAAGGCCGCGCCCAUUUGGAGAUGCUACCGUGGAUGGCUUCGAUCUCGACUUUGAGGCGACCGUCCGUAACAUGGUGCCCUUUGCGAAUCGGCUGCGGAGCUUGAUGGCGGCCGAUGCUUCCAAGAAGUAUUUCUUAACGGUUGCACCGCAAUGCCCUUACCCAGAUCUGUAUAACAAGGAGAUGCUCGAAGGUAAAGUCGAUUUUGACGCUGUUUUCGUCCAGUUUUAUAACAAUUUUUGCGGUUUGAACACCUUCGAGCCUGGACAAGAAGAGCAAAAAUCCUUUAACCUAGGCGAAUGGAACGAGUGGGCCAAGACCGUGUCAAAGAACAAAAAGGUGAAGGUUAUCGUCGGCGCCCCGGCAAAUCAGAGAGCUGCCGGGUCUGGGUACGUGGACGCAUCAAAGCUCGCAGAAAUUGUCAAGUACUCCAGGAAGUUCUCCAGCUUCGGCGGCGUGAUGUUGUGGGACGCCAGCCAAGCGUAUGCCAACGGCAACUUCAUCGAGACUGUCAAGGGCGCCUUGAACUCGGGUUUUGCCGGAUGCAGAUUCGGAUGGAGAAGAACCCAGAUGCCAAUGGCUCAUCCAGUUGUUUAG